AUGGCGCCGCCGGCGGGGUUGAUGGCGGUGGAGGCCCCGAGUGGCGUCUUGUUCCGCCGCCUUGCGGUUGCACCCGACUACGCGGCCGGACGCAAAAGAGAGAUUCUGGCGACGUGGAGCACCUGCUCAGUCCCGCUGCUUGCCACAGGCGCCGAAGCGGACGAUGGGCUUCCCGCCGUACGGCUGGACCGUUCGCUGCCGUGGGUAAAACUCCCGUAUCCCGCCAUCGAUGUGGCCUGGUGCCCGUUCAAGGAGGGAGAUAGCUACGCUUCAUUCCUGUCAGCGUGUCGCAGCUGUCCGUUGCAAUUGUGGGACGCGGACGACGCAUCGCUCCGUGCGUCGUACUGCUGCCACAACGCGCUUGGAAAGCCGGCAAGCCCCUUUUCCUUAUUGUGGUCCCGCCGCCGCACCUUUCUGGUGGGUGGCUACGGCGGCGCGGACGAUCACGUGCAUGUUCGUCUCUACGACGUGCUCCGGGAAGGGAACACAGCUCAGGCGUCGUAUCACUCGCCAUGCUCAAAGGGUAUUGUCUCGGCCCUUGCCGAUGGACCAGCACCGUACGAAGAAUCACUGCUACUGGCAGGAUUUGUACGGUCGGGCAAUGUUGACGUUAUAGACACACGCCAUUUAGGCGCGGCAGCCGUACUGCGUGGGUUGCGGUCGGGUGUUGCGCAGAUUCAAGCGCAUCCAGCGUCGGAGUACCUUGUGUACGCCGCGGGUCGACUGGGUGAUAAUCGGAUCGUUUGCUGGGACCUCAGGAAAUGCAACCAGAUCCUACUCUUCGUCGAGCGGCAGCUGUGCACGCAACAGCCCACUUUUUUUGGCUUCGUGCGUCCCCGAGGAGCAGGAGAGCGGCGAGGGCGUCUGGUGUCUGCCACGCACGACGGUGGUGUUUUGGUCUUCGAUGAAGACGGCGCUGCGGCUCAGCCACGGCGCGUUCAGGCGUCUCUGGGGCCCACCGCAGGAUUGUCCGUGCUGGACGCUGAAGGCGCGGUCGCCGUCACGGUGGGAAAGCGCCAUUACCCUGUGCGAGACACUUACGAGGCAAACGGAGGCGAGUCGAGGACGAGCAUGAGGCGGCGCGGAAAGCGGGAGCGCGUCCCACUUGAUGACUCGGAACCGGAGACUGAGGGCGGGCCCUGCGGCGGGGAAGCUGCGGCCGGUGUGGCGACGCUGAGGGUGUAA